AUCUUUGGAUGCGCUUGACUGUCGCUCUGUCCUACACCGCCAGACCCUAUCUCUUGCCUACGUUUCAAAUUGGUUAGGAGGGUUAUAUAGCACCGGUGGAAAGCAAGUACAACACCUUCGGACCCAAUUAGUCAUCGGCCGAGAUUUUCCUGCUUUCUCCUGCAUACAGCACAAAUUCACUUACAAACCCAACCCACAGGUCACAAUGUCUCUACCAAUUCACACUCCUCCUUCUGGGCACACUAGGGGUCGUUCAAACUCUGGUCUGUUAUCAGCCAUCAUGAGCUCGCCCCUUUCGCUCUUCUCUCCAAAGAUGGGGUAUGGAAAUAUUUCCGUGGACGAAAGCAAGCUUGGCGAGUCAAGUAAACUGGUGGCACACGACUCGGCUGGUGUGAAGAGAGUGGAGCUCCGUAUUGGAGGUAUGACGUGUGGGGCUUGCGUGGCCAGUAUAGAAGGUCAGAUGAAACAACCUGGUAUCCGAAGUGUGCAAAUCUCACUACUGGCUGAAAGAGGUGUCGUGGAGUACGAAGAAGAUUUUGUGGACAACAAAGGUCAACCUUGGACCGAUGGGCGAGUAGCGGCGGAGAUCGAGGAUAUUGGGUUUGAUGCAGAGGUGGUGGAGAAGAGCGAAGUUGAGCAGGUUGAUCUUCGCAUCUUUGGAUUGGAAAACACCGACCUCGUCCAACCCAUCGUCUCCGCCACUUUGUCUUUGGCCGGUGUGCACGCAGCUGCCCUUCCGUAUCCACAUACCAACCUCAUCUUCUCACACUCUCCUCUACUUGUUUCCCUCAGAACCAUUGUUGAUACCCUCACGAAGGCCUUUCCUCAGCUCACAUUCCUCCCUACAUCGACUAAGAAUGAUUCGCAGCUGGCUUCUUUGCAGAAACACAAAGAGACUGCUUUGUGGCGUCGGAUAUUUAUCCUUUCGGCAUGCUUUGCAGUGCCCAAUUUCGUCAUCGGAAUGCUCAGCAUGCAUCUACCCAUGUGGCUGAUGGGUUGGACGAGUUGGCGAAUAGUGCGGGGUAUAUACCUGGGAGAUGUGGUCUGUCUUGGACUGACGCUGCCGGUGCAAGUCUGGCUGGGAAGGAGAUUUUACGACAACGCAUGGAAGAGUCUGAGACACAAAUCCGCAACAAUGGAUGUUCUCGUCGUGCUUGGCACUUCGGCCGCUUUUGGUUAUUCUGUCGCUGCCAUGUUCUUUGCCAUGUUCAGCUCUGAUCCAGAUUAUCGACCCCAAACAUUCUUUGACACCUCCACCAUGCUUAUCACUUUCGUCUCCCUUGGUCGGUACAUCGAAAAUUUAGCGAAAGGCAAAACCUCGGCCGCAUUGACCGACCUCAUGGCACUCACUCCUUCCUCAGCCACCAUAUUUGUUGCUCCACCGUCAGAAGACGAGAAAUUCGACGCCUCAGCACCUACUCGAAAGAUCCCUACGGAGCUUGUGCAAGUGGGCGACGUCGUACUGCUCGUGCCUGGGGAACGAAUCUCAGCCGAUGGAGUAGUACUGUCUGGUUCUACGUCAGUGGACGAGUCCAUGGUCACUGGUGAAGCUCUUGCUGUCCCGAAAGUUGCCAAAUCGCAAGUCAUUGGAGGUACCGUCAAUGGUCUUGGAACACUCACCUUCCGUGUCACUCGUGCUGGGUCAAAUACCGCACUUGCUCAGAUCGUCAAAUUGGUGGAAGACGCUCAGACAUCAAAAGCUCCUAUUCAGGCAUUUGCUGAUAGAGUGGCUGGAAUCUUUGUUCCGGCUGUCAUUUUACUCUCCCUUGCCACUUUCUUCAUCUGGAUGUUCAUUUCUCUUGUCUCUUCCACCGGAUCUCUCCCUGACGUUUUUCAUUCGCCAGGAAUGAGCAAGUUUGGUGUUUGUCUCAAACUUUGCAUCUCCGUGGUCGUCGUGGCAUGUCCAUGCGCCUUGGGACUGGCCACUCCGACGGCUGUCAUGGUUGGUACUGGAGUUGGAGCGAAGAACGGUAUUUUGAUCAAGGGUGGCAAAGCGCUAGAAGCUUGCAGGGAUGUACGAAGGGUUGUUUUCGACAAAACGGGAACUGUCACAGAAGGCAAGAUGCGAGUGACCGCUACUUUUUGGACCCCCAAUGGUAAUCUCCUCACUUCGGAUGAUGCUCUGCAACCGGAUCUCGACACCGCUUCUACGUUGUCACUCACGACCGCCGCUCCACCCUUACAACGCCAUACGGUACUUGCGCUGCUUGCUUUGUCAGAAGCACGAUCGGAGCAUCCUCUCGCUGUCGCUGUUGCGUCUUAUGCUCGAGAAGCUUUGAGUAAUGCCGGUCUUGCACCUCCUCAUGGAGAAGUGACAUCUUUCGAAUCUCAUCCUGGACAAGGUGUGGAAUCCUUCGUCAAACUCGCAAAUAAUCGAGGUGAAGAACAACUCCGAAUCGGCAAAACAGAAUUCAUACUAUCGACCGAAUCCAAGACGAAUGAAGCUUUGGGUGAAACUUCAUUGUCUGGAUCUUUAAGACAUUUCGAACAAGUUCAAACAUCCCGAGCUCGAACAGUCAUAUUCGUAUCAAUCAUCCGUCCCGCUUCUUCACCAAUACCAGUCCUUGCUAUAGCUCUUUCAGAUUCACCUAAACCAUCUUCCAUCCAUGCCAUCUCCUCAUUACGUAGAAUGGGAAUAUCCGUUUCUCUUCUUACUGGUGAUGCACCUUCCACUGCCAGAGCUAUUGCUCGAGAAAUUGGUAUACCAGAAGACGACGUUUAUGCAGGUGUAUCACCUAAAGGAAAAGCGAAAAUCGUCCGUGAUCUCAUGACCAACCAAAAUGGUGGUGUAGCAAUGGUAGGAGAUGGUAUAAACGAUUCACCUGCUCUUGUCGCUGCUUCUUUAGGUAUCGCAUUAUCUUCAGGAACAAGUGUGGCUAUCGAAGCCGCCGACGUUGUUUUGAUGCGUUCGGAUUUAUUAGAUGUGGUGGCUGCUUUAGAUCUUGGUAGAAGUAUAUUCCGAAAGAUUAGAUGGAAUUUACUUUGGGCAUGUUGUUACAACAUAUUGAUGAUACCUUUAGCUAUGGGAGUUUUGUUACCUUGGGGUAUACAUUUACAUCCUAUGAUGGCUGCGGCUGCUAUGGCUUUCUCUUCGGUUUCUGUGGUUUUGUCAUCUUUGACUUUGAGGUGGUGGCGUCGACCAGCUUCAAGUCUCAUGCCUGGUCAAACUCCCGAACCCAGUGGGAUAAUGUUCGGUAUCGGUGAAUUAUACUCUGAAUUCGUCGAAUACAUCUCUACCAUCCUAUCUUCUGUCAAAUCAGGAAAUUGGUCUUUUUUGCGAGGGUUGAACACGAGAAGACCCAGUACGGCAGAAUACGAAGCUAUACCUCUUUCUAUGGAUAGAGCGUCUCCUUUACCCAGAUAACAUCGGAUAAGUUUGAUCAGUCAUGUCAAGUCGUAAGAUGUAAAGUGGAAGUCAACAAAUAUCGGUUAAAAGCGGUUGGGAAAUGGAGAGUAGUGUGAGCGGACGGGCUGAUGAGGAGGGAAGAGAAGCUCUUGAGUCCACUUUUGAUCUAGAAAUAACAACAGAUGCAUCUUUGUUCCCACUUUUC